AUGGAGCAGAGGUCGGAACUGAAGCAGAAGAAUAUACUGGAGUGGGAGCAGUUUCUGUCGACGGGGAAACAGAUGGAGCAGAAGUCGGAACUGAAGCAGAAGAAUAUACCGGAGUGUGAGCAGUUUCAGUCGACGGGGAAACAGAUGGAGCAGAGGUCGGAACUGAAGCAGAAGAAUAUACCGGAGUGUGAGCAGUUUCAGUCGACGGGGAAACAGAUGGAGCAGAAGUCGGAACUGAAGCAGAAGAAUAUACCGGAGUGGGAGCAGUUUCUGUCGACGGGGAAACAGAUGGAGCAGAGGUCGGAACUGAAGCAGAGGAAUAUACCGGAGUGUGAGCAGUUUCAGUCGACGGGGAAACAGAUGGAGCAGAAGUCGGAACUGAAGCAGAAGAAUAUACCGGAGUGGGAGCAGUUUCUGUCGACGGGGAAACAGAUGGAGCAGAAGUCGGAACUGAAGCAGAAGAAUAUACCGGAGUGGGAGCAGCUUCAGUCGACGGAGCAACAAAUGGAGCAGAAGCCGGAACUGAAGCAGAGGAAGAUACUGGAGCGGGAGCAGCUUCAGUCGACGGAGCAACAAAUGGAGCAGAAGCUGGAACUGAAGCAGAGGAAGAUACUGGAGCGGAAGCAGAGGCUGGAGCCGAGACUGGAACGGCAACAGCAACCGGAGAUGGAGUAG